UUCAAACCCAUAAAUAAAAGGUACAAACAAAAAUAAAUACAAAUCUUUUUUUCUCCUUUUCCUAAGAUUUUUAAAAACCGAUGGAUCGGCAAAAUUCCGAUGACAUCAUGAGAUUUCUCGAUGGAAUGGCUAGUUCUGACGACGUUCUAUUCGGUUUCCUCGAUGAAGGAAACCAGUCACCGGAAGACUUCAACCUCAACGGGGGCUCAGAUAUAGACGACGUCGACGACAAUUGUAAUUCUGAAGAAAACAAAGUUUUCUGGCAGGAACAAGAACAACUUCUCCAGGGGACACUGUAUAGGACAAGUUCGAUUGAGACAAAGAUUAGGCAAGCGACAAAGGAAGCUUUGAAACAAGUUAAAUCAAAGGGUCUUCAUUGUGUCUGCCUGCGACCUGUUGCUGGCGGUUGCCGGAGCUGCUUACGUGGUGAAAUCUCUCGACACCUCCGAGAUGUGGCCGGCUACGAUUGCGUCAUCUCCAAAUCCAAAUGGAGAAGCUCUCAAGACAUCCCUGCAGGGGAACACGAAUACAUAGAGAUCAUUGAUCGAUCUGAUUCCAAAAAAGGCGAGAUGCGAGUGGUGAUCGAGCUAUCAUUCAGGGCAGAGUUCGAGAUAGCAAAAUGCGGUGAAGAUUACAAAAGGCUUAUCAGCCGAUUGCCGGAGGUUUACGUCGGAAAAACCGAUAGGCUCCGAUCACUGAUCAAAAUAUUGUGCAUCGCGGGAAAGAAAUGCUUGAGAGACAAUAAAAUGCAUAUGGGACCAUGGAGAAAACACAAGUACAUGCAAGCCAAGUGGCUUGGCACGUGCCAAAGAUCGAACUCCUUGGGAGCAGCGGUAUCGGAGACAACAGAGCCGGAGAAUUGGGUGCCGAGGGCAAAGCCUAGAGUUUCUAUGUUGAACUACGAUGGUCUACUUGGUAGUUUGUCCACUGGUAUAGGCCGUCAUGCAGCUGUAACGGUCGUGUGAUUGUGUGUGACGCAAGUAAUAAAUGACUUGUAAUUAUUAAUUUAAUUGAUUAGGGGGGAGUAAGUGUUAAACUAAUGAUGAGUUUCCGAUUUGGAGCUAACCGGAAUGUGUCUCAACGACGUAGCCUCUUGACCGAUUAGGUCAUCGGUCCAGCAUGAAGAUAUAAUAAAUUUGUGACUAUUUUGCGAUUGAAUUCAGAUUGUAUAAUAUAGAUUUUUGAAUCCUCA